UCAGCAAAGCAAUGUCUCAAGCUGGCACUUCACAGUUUCAGGAAGUCAUUCGACAAGAGCUGGAGUAUUCAAUGAAAGUAGAACUUGAUAAGAUACUUGCGACUGCACCUUCAAAUGAGCUAGAGCACGCUAAAAAGGACCUGGAAGGAUUUAAGAAGUUAUUUCAUAGAUUCCUACAAGAAAAGGGACCAUCUGUGGACUGGGGGAAGAUUCAGAGACCUCCAGAAGAUUCUGUCCUGCUUAACAUACAUAUCAAGUUCUUUGGUGUUAUUUUGUUAGCUGUUCUUUGAGCAGGAGAACAAAAUGGGACAGAUGCCAUCUUCCCAUUUGGUACCUUCUUUGAAGUAAAUGAUAACUGGUGUUAGAGAGGAAGUAGGUAGGACCCUUGUUGUUCCACUUUCCCUCCUGCCCAUGAAAGAAGGUUGCACAUCUCAGAUGAGACUGUUUCCAGCAGCAAUCCAUUCUGCUAAAUAAUUUGAAAGGGACAUAUGGCAAGUGGGAUGGGUUAUAUAGCUCAUUUACCAACUUCUGUAAUCUACAGCAGCUCAGUAAAAGUGAGGAAUCUGAAACAAGUAGUUGACUGUGGGAGUUUUUUGAGUACAAUGUUCUAAUAUCAUCUAUGUUGUUGUAACUUAUAACCUGCCACUUGAGCUGCUGCUGAAAAAGCACUAAAUAUUU